AGGGGCAGCCCAUAUAGGCUACCACUUGACUAAUUGGGCCAAGUUAGCCCAGAAAAGCCCAUUGUUUUACUUCCAAAACCUUAAACCCCUAAACAAAAACAACGCUGCAAUCUGGAAAUAUGGAACCUCAGCUGCAUAAAGGCAAAUGGGAGGGCCGACCAGUAGCAGCAGCAGCGGUGAGGAGGAGGAUGCCAAUUGGAAAGCGGCUAUCGAGUCAAUAGCUGCCACUACUACUUUUGGCAGCAAAGUUUUUGGCAACAGUUCGAAUGGCUCAACAUCUCAUUCCACUUCUAAUAGAGAUGUUGAAAGUGAGCAAACCCAGAAUUCCCAAAAGCUCAAGCACUACCAACUCAAGGCACAAAAGCUUUUAGAUGACAUCUUAGGAAAGACCUUAGUAUUGGUGAGUGAGCCCAUUCAUGCUCCUGAUAAUCCCAUUGCAGAUGGUGGAGUGCGGCUAUUUAAACAUUCUCCUGCUGGGAUAAUAUUUGAUCAUAGAGAUGAAAUUCAAGGGCCCAGAAAGCGACCAAGAAUUCUACCUGGGUAUGACAUUGACGAGAAAUCAAAGAAGUUUAGACGGCAAAUCAGAUCUGUUGCUGUGGAUGGAGCAGACAUAAUUGCUGCAGCAAGAGAGAAGGGCCAAAAAGCAUUAGCUAAAUUGGAAGCCAAAGAAGCAGCAGCAAAAGCAAAAGCCAAAAAGGAAGAGGAAAGAGUUGCAGAAUUGAAAAGAAUCCGGGGGGAGAAAUGGCUACCCUCCAUUGCAAAGGAAAUGCAGUUAAACAGAAAUAACGGGCAAAAAGUGUAGGCAAAUAUCCAUUUGGGUUGAUAUUUCUGCCUCACAGCUGACCUGAGACAGGUGUAUUUGUGGCUUAAUAUGGCAGAUCGCCUCCUAGAAAAGAACUCCAUGGUUGAGAUGCUUCCAUCAAGACGAGCAAUUAUAGAAUUUCAAACUUUGUUCUUAUUAUUUGUGUACAAAUUUAUAUCAUGAAAUUUAUUGGAUGUUGAAUACUUUUCCAUUUCAUAAUUGGCAAGUGAAAUUCUAGUCAUGAGUUCUAGUUAAA